GUGUGCCUCUUCUCGGCCACGAUGGCGCCCGAGAUCUUGGACCUGACCUCGAAGCGGGGUGGGCGCGAGGCCGCCACGCGGUCACCGCCGCUGGAGCUCCGCGACCUCGAGGCGGGGCUCCAGGUGCCGUUUCUGCCGUCGCUCGCCGCGUUCAGUCGCAGGCGGAAGGAGUCGCGCGCGGGCCUGAACGGGCAGCCCCCCCGCCUCCGGCGGCAGCGUACUUUCAUGCGCUUCCAUGGUGCCGUCCAAUAUGCGGACCGGCCUCAGGCCAGAGUGGUCGAGGCGAGCCGCCCCAGCGAGCUGUUCAAGGACGCGGGGCCAUCGAACUCUGCGCGUCUGUGCCCCUGCCAGGCGGGGCGCGACGUUGAGGGCGUCUGCCCGCUCUGCAGGGCCCCGGGAGGCUCGCCGUUUCACGGGGUCUGGGUCUGCCCGCGCGCUGCCGAGGAGCGCGCCGCCAUCGCCCCCCAGACAUUCCUGGGCGGCGUCGUGGGGGGCGCGGAAGCUGGCGGCGGGGCAAUUCCGGUCGCGCGCGUUCCAGGCCUCGUGGGCAUCGGGUUCUUCCCUGGCGGCUUCGAGGCGAAGGCGUGGACGCCCCGCCCCCCGACCCCCUCCAUGUGGGGCAGCAUUUUCAUGGGCGGGUCGUGCGCGGCGAAGGUGGCGCGCGCGUCCGCCGGGGCAGCCCUCGGCCACCCUGACAGCGACGGGGCCGCUCGCGCUGGGCGCGUCGGGAACGGCGCGGCCGACCGCGCGGCAAAGAAAGGUGCCGACGUGCGCCCCCGGCCGACGGAGGCGCUGGAAAAUAUUGGACUGCCACCUGCGCUGUGCAACGUCGCCCGCUGUCUUUGCCGGCGCAGCGCUCGCGCAACCAAGCUUAAGGGCCAGAUUUUCGACAUGCUCGAGAUGGCCAGCGGCGCCCGGCAUGGGCGCCCUCCGUCGCGUUUGCUCUUUGUCUUGGUCAUCGACAUGCUGCCUCGCAGAAUGCAGCGCAUGUGGCCUCCAGCCCUGGCGAGGGCUUUUGCGGGCGACAACGGCAGUAUCGGUUCGCACCCGGUGGCGAGCGUUCUCCGAGCGCCCGAGGUAUUCUGUUUGUUCUUAGGCGGCGGCAGGUGGAAGCCCGCUUCCGGCAUGAGCUUUGCGAGGCGGAACGCUUCGUCGCCAAUGGGCAUUCUGGCCAGGUUCAUGCGGGACGCUGUUCGCAUCCUUGUGAAGAAGGACGAGCUGACGCUGGAAGGAACGGCCGCCCACGCGAAGAAGAAGGCGCGCAACGCCGCCUACAACGCCCGCGAACGCGCGGAGAAGAAGGCCGCCGCCCUCGAGGCGGUGGUCGAGCCUUACACGAGGAAGAUCGCGCGGCUGGAACACAGGGUGGACUUGGUGCGCGACCACAGGCGAGACUUCUGGGAGCAGCUGCAGAAGGCGAAGGACUUUCAGAGGGGAGCGGAGAAGGAGCGCGGCGACGCCAUUCGCAGGCUCUGCUCCUUCCAGACUUGGUGGAGCGUCUUCCUCAAGCUGUGCUUGCAGGACUGCGCUGGGGGAAGGGAGGGCGCGGGCAGGCAGGGCAGGGGGCGGCCUCAGGAGCUGCCGAAUACCUUGGCAUCGGAGGUCAAACACUGGUCUGAGAGCGGAGUGAGCGCAUACCUGUUCUGCCAGCACUUCGGCAUGGUUGGCAAGACGCACUUCUGCGCAGACUCCAGCGACGAGUACGCGCUGAGCGCGGCGUCGGCGGUGAAGGGCACCAUUUUGGCGGGCACGCCCACGAGCCUAUGGAUGAACAAGCCCGACGCCUUCGCGACGCGGUGCUUCGACUACAACCUUGGCACGCUCAAGAGCGAGGUCGGCGUUGACGCCCACGCAACUGUGGAGCGCUGGAUUCAGUCGUUUGAAGAGGGCGUCGAGGAGCACAUGGCCAGGAAGAUGGACUCUGGGAGCAGUUUCGCAGACCUGCUCGGCGGCGGCCCGCGCAAGCGCCCCGCUGCUGCGAAAGCUGCGCCGAAGCGUCGGGCCAAGCGCUCGGCGAAGAGUCGUCCAGCCCAGGCGGGCGUCAAGAAGCGGCCUGUCAUGAAGCGCCCCGCGCGGUCCAGGCCCCCUGCUGCUCGAACCAGGAAGGUCACCCUGCAGGUGGACGAGUCCUUCCUGGACAAGGGCGAGCUGUCCAAGCUGGCGAAGAACGCAAGGGGCAAGCAGGAGCUGUUGGAGAACUUCAAGGAGCUGUCGCCUCCCGCUGGCGUCGCCGUCGUCUCGGACAAGUGGAGGGGGGCCAUCGCGGCUGUGAAGCAGUACCGCAAUGACGCUGGCCUCACCGAGCGGAUGCUCCCGCACAAGGUAGUGAACCACAGCGCUGGCGAGAUCGCGAACGAAAGAGGGUUCACUACCAACCGCGUAGAGCUCCAAUGGUCAUUGGUCAAGCGGUGGAUCAGGAAGCGCUACGGCGGGACGUUGCCCAAGAAGGCCGACAGGAAGAAGUGGUCGAGGCUCCUUGCCGAGCACAGGUUCCGCACCCACAUCAAGGCCAGUGGGCAGAAGGUGAGUUUCGCGGCGCUGGCAGCUGCGUUCCAGACGUGGUGA